GCAAGUGAUCGGGCUUGCCCGGGGACCCUGCGCCACGACUCUGCAUGAAUUUCGCUUUCGCUUUGGGCCAGCCGGAGGCGGCGGGGCCGUCCCCUGAACGCCUGCGGCCGGGCACCCGUGGAGUUAAUCCGAAAGCGCCGCAAACCCCGCGGGCCGAACUCCGCGUGUCACCGAGAAGCUGAUGUAGAGAGAGACAGAGAGAGAAAGCAAGCAAGAGACCAGAGUCCCGGGAAAGUCCUGCCGCGCCUCGGGACAAUUAUAAAAAUGUGAUCCCCUGGGUCGGCUUCCCACCAUCGCCCUCACCUGCUGCGUCCACCGUCCGGAUCCAGCUCCAGCCCAGUGUCCGCCAGUGCCCGCUCAGCAUGUGCCCGCCGCGUGGCCUCCUCCUUGUAACCAUCCUGGUCCUGUUAAACCACCUGGACCACCUCAGUUUGGCCAGGAACCUCCCCACACCCACACCAAGCCCAGGAAUGUUCCAGUGCCUCAACCACUCCCAAACCCUGCUGCGAGCCAUCGGCAACACGCUUCAUAAGGCCAGACAAACUCUAGAAUUUUACUCCUGCACUUCCGAAGAGAUUGAUCAUGAAGAUAUCACAAAAGAUAAAACCAGCACAGUGGAGGCCUGCUUACCACUGGAAUUAACCAUGAAUGAGAGUUGCCUGGCUUCCAGAGAGAUCUCUCUGAUAACUAAUGGGAGUUGCCUGGCCUCCAAAAAGACCUCUUUUAUGACGACCCUGUGCCUUAGCAGUAUCUAUGAGGACUUGAAGAUGUACCAGGUGGAGUUCAAGGCCAUGAAUGCAAAGCUGUUAAUGGAUCCUAAAAGGCAGAUCUUUCUGGAUCAAAACAUGCUGACAGCUAUUGAUGAGCUGUUACAGGCCCUGAAUGUCAACAGUGUGACUGUGCCACAGAACUCCUCCCUGGAAGAACCGGAUUUUUAUAAAACUAAAAUCAAGCUCUGCAUACUUCUUCAUGCUUUCAGAAUUCGUGCAGUGACCAUCAAUAGAAUGAUGAACUAUCUGAAUUCUUCCUAAAAAGCUGAAGUCUCUCCCAACCUUAAAGCCACUUUUACAGAAAUGUGAACCAAAAAAGAAAAAAAAAACCAAAAAAACAUAUAUAUAUAUAUAUAUAUAUAUAUAUAUAUAUAUUUCACAGGAUGUGGGUUAAGAACCAGGGAGUGGGUGGCUUGACCUGGUCCUCCUUAAGCUAGUACAAUAAUUCUCAUACUUGUUUACAUUAGUUGCCACCCAAAAUUUGAAAGAUAUGACUGUUAUGUCCACGUGAUGCCUUUGACCAAGUCUAUUUCACAUUUACUAGGGAGGGAUAAGUUGUUUUUAAGUUUUCAUGAGCAAAUUGCUAAAGAGGGAAAAUGUCCUUCCUUGAACAUGUUUUUCUUUUCCCUUUAAUAGAAAAGCAAGAAUUUAUAAGCUAUUUCUGUACCUAAGUGUUUGUAGACACAAACACCCAAGCAUAAUUUAUUUUAAAAUACUUAUUUAUAUAAUUUUGUGUUCAUGAAAGCAUGUGAGCUAACUUAUAUUUAUUUAUGUUAUAUUUAUUAAAAUAUUUAUUAUCCAAUGGA